AUGAAAUAAUAAAGGCCCAAUUAGGCUUAGGAGGAUAUCAUGAUUAAGGACCUUCAAAGAGUUGUCUAAUUGAAUGACUUACAAGCGAGAGAAAUUCUUUCUUUAGCAUAAUGGAAUUUAUAAAAGGCUGCAAAUUCUGUCUUAGAGAUCCAAAAAUCUGGGGUAAAGGUAGAAGAGCAAUUCAAAAAAUAUAUUACAAAUGGACAAUCGGUAAUUGAUGAAAAUGGAAUCAUAUCGUUUUGUAAAGAUUUAGGAAUAGAUAUUAUGGACCCUGUAAUCCUUUAUAUUUCCUAUAUGUUUAAAAGUGAGACUAUGGGCAUUUAUACUAAGUUCGAUUUUCUCUAUGGAUUUUCAUAAUUGAAAGUUUAGUCGACAUCUGAUUUGAAAAGAGAAUUAAAAAGACUUAGAGAUGAUCUAAACAAUAAUAGAGAAAUCUUAAAGGCGGUUUAUAAAUAUUGUUUUGACUUCGCAAAAAAGAAAAACAGAAAAGAUAUUGACCUACCUAUUGCCCAAGGAUUAUGGGAUACUCUUUUAACAAAUACCUUCCCUAUCAUGAAGAAGUUUAUGAGUUACACUAUUGAAGAGAAAGAUAUCAAGCCCAUCUCUAGAGACACUUAUUAUAUGGUUUGGGAAUUUUGUGUUUAGAUUGGUGAAGAUUUAGCCAAAUAUGACUAUAAAACUGGAGCAUGGCCUACAUUUAUUGAUGGUUUCUAUUUUUACAUGAAUCCUUUGCACAGACAAUGA